AUGAAGUUCACAGUUUUGUCUACUCUCCUUCUUGCCGGCCUUGCUGUCGCUGCUCCUUUGACUGAGAAGCGCUUGGCUCGCCGUGCCGCUCGUCGCUCAAACCCAGCUUACGCCCCUAACGCCUUCGGCGUGGAGCAGUUGAACAUCACCGGCAAUAAGAACGUCGAGUACAGCUCCAACUGGGCCGGUGCUGUCCUCAUCGGAACCGGCUACAGCGCCGUCACCGCCGAGUUCACUGUCCCCACCCCUAAGGUUCCUAGCGGUGGCAGCAGCGGUACUGAAUACUGCGCUUCUGCUUGGGUUGGUCUAGAUGGAGACACCUGCGACACCUCCAUUCUCCAGACCGGAGUCGACUUUUGUGUUCAGGGUAGCUCUGUCAGCUAUGAUGCUUGGUACGAGUGGUACCCUGACUACGCCUACGACUUCAGUGGCAUCUCCAUCUCUGCUGGAAACGUCAUCAAAAUCACUGUGACUGCUACCAGCACCUCUGCCGGAACUGCUGUUGUUGAGAAUGUCAGCACGGGUACUACCGUUACCCACAAAUUCUCUGGUGAAUCCGACAAGCUUUGCGAGUACAACGCUGAAUGGAUCGUUGAGGACUUUGAAGAGGGCAGCUCCUUGGUUCCCUUUGCCAACUUUGGCACUGUUACCUUCACCGGAGCUGAGGCCACCAAGAGCGGUUCCACUGUUGACACCUCUGGUGCCACGAUCAUUGACAUUGAGCAGAACAGCGUUCUUACCUCUGUCACUGCUUCCGGCACCACUGUCACCGUCAAGUACGUUUAA